GGCUGGUUCAAGUCAACGCGUGCAAAAUAUUUUAAUAUUGCUACCGAACUUUUAUGGAUCUUUAAAUCGCCUGGUGAACCGAAUUUCAGAAAUCAUAAACCUUCGUCUUCUGCAUUUUACGUUCGCUACUGUUUUUGCUGUAAAAUUUUUCUUGAAAUUAUGCUAACAAUUUUCUCUUGGCCAAAAGUUAUGCACCAAAUGAAUUACCUUUGGUUUAGGUAUUUUAUUACUCAUGUUUUUUCCAGGUCUCGGGACGUGAAAUCAGAGGAAGGUAAUCAUAGGCGAUUUCAUGAAGAAGGUAAAGGAAGUGUAGCUUGUGAGGAAGUAAGAGAGACCCUCUUAGACAAGUUCCAAAGAGGUACACCAUCUGAUGUUGAUUUUAAACAGUCUACAAGUACAAUUAAAAUUAAGCUUUCGACGCUUUUAAUGGAAAUGGCUUACCCAUCAUUAAAGCCCUUGGAAAACUGGAUUUGUAUUAUAUUUGAUAUGGCUUCCAUCCCGUUGGAUUUUUUGUUUCUCUACAUUCUUGUGGUUGAUCAUGAUAACAAGUGUCUGGCGUUUGACGUGAAAUUUAGUAUUUGGGCUACUCUUCUCCAUCUCCUUUGGUAUUUCUUUUACACCAUCAUUAUAACUUUCAUACAACAUCCACACGGAAGAGUUGACGCCUUCAUAUGGGGAAUAAAAACUGGGUUGUCUUCAUACCUUGACCUGCCCGUUCCGCUUCCACUGCUGGUGGUCUGGACCUUUGUAAAAGACCUGGAAUUUUGGUAUUUGAUGAAGUUGGUGAAAGUUUUUGUGUUUCUACGAUGCCUGGUAAGGGCUAUCAGAAUCUAUACAAAGGCUAAAACGACUUUGGGCAAACUUUCAGAAGCUACAUGGCACAAAGCUAUAUCCACUACUCUUUUAUACAUUUACAUGCUUGCUGCUCAUGUAUUUGGAGCCUUAUGGUAUUUAAUGGCCAUCGAAAGAGAAACUGAAUGCUGGAAGAAUGCCUGCAGAAAUCAUACUGAAUGCAGUAAUGCGUCUUUCUACUGCAGUGGUAAAUUAAGAGACUACAAAUUUCUAGAUGGAACCUGCCCAACCAAAAAACUAAAUAAUACCAUCUAUGAUUUUGGAAUUUUUCAUGAUGCUAUUCAGUCCGGUGUUGUGGAAAGGACUAAUAUUCCACAGAAGUUUUUGCGUUGUUUUCUAUGGGGCCUGCAAAAUCUCAGUUGGUUUGGUCAGAACCUUCAUACAAGUACCAAUGUCUGGGAAAACUUAUUUGCUAUUUUGAUUACCAUCACUAGUUCAGUGUUGGCUGUCUUUUUCAUAGGGAACUUUCAGUUAUAUUUAAUGUCUACCGUUGGGAGAUCGAAGGAGAUGAGACUUGAGACACCAAAGAUUGGGGAUUUGAUGCUCUUACAAAAGCUCCCUAAGAAUCUCCAACAACAGGUUCGGAAAUAUCAGCGAAGCAUAUGGCGAAAAAAUAAAGAUGAUGGCGUAGAAUUUUUGUUGAGCAAUCUCCCCAACACUCUUGUAAGGAACAUUAAUCGAGAGCUAUGCUUGGAGCUACUCAAGAAAGUACCAGAGUUUAAGAUGUUAAAUGAAGAAAGGUUGGAAGCACUGUGUGAUAAUGUAAAGCCAGUCUUCUACUCUCAGCACACUCACAUUUUUCAAGAAGGAUAUCCGAUUGGUCAAAUGCUGUUUGUGGUGUGUGGCAAAGUCUCUUCCUACACCUCUAAGGGUAUAACUGGCUUUGCAAGCACUGAUCAUAGCAGAGAUGAUGAUAAUCUCAUAAGCAAAAAGGAUGAUCAGGCAGAAUGUGACUUCUAUGGAGAAGAACUCAUUGCAUGGGCUCUAGAUGGCCAUAUAUCAACAAGUAUCCCCUUGUCAACAAGAUCUCUGAAAGCACUAACAAAUGUUGAAGCAUUUGCUCUUAUGGCCUAUGACCUGAAAGAUGUAUUACUUAGGCAUCGGGUCCCUAGAUGAAGUUGAGGAUGAAAUAGAGAUAUUAGGCGUGCUCAGGGAUCAGUUUCCAAAUAAAUGAGGUGAUGACCAGAUGUUAUCAUUAAAACUUGACUUCGAUUGAUCUCCUGGGUUUAUGUGUAUUAUUGUGAACUAUAAUUAUUUGUAUUUUAAAAGUGUUUAUAAUAUUUUUUAAACUAA